CUCAUAAACUUGUUUAACAAAAUACACACAAUAACUUAUGUAAUCUAGGAGCUGUAUAUACAGGUGUGUUUUCAGGUAAAUUCAGUUUAAAUGAAGUUUGAUGUAGCUUCAGUUUUCAGUCUGUGAACUAACAUCAAACAACUUAUUUAUUCAUAGUAAAGUCCGGGUAAGCUAAGGCCCAGUGACCUUACCAAGUCUCUGGAAGGAAAAGAUCGAUGCUCUCUGAUGUGCUGUUGUGUUCAAAGUCCAGUAAAGAGCAGUUGUGUUGGCGGUGUGUCUUCAGUGUUGCUGAGGAGAUCAGUGGUUGGUCCUUUGUUCUCCCUGCAGUUAGCCACUCAGUGCAAACUCUGCUUUAGAUCCUGAUGUCUGUAGAAUCAGACUCUGGCAGACCUCAAUGGACCUGAAUUACUGGGUUCAGUCCAGGGCAGAGCUCUGCUUCAGACAGGCCUCAUGGAGGUCAGAGGGUUUUACCUUUGUGGUGGGAGAUGAGAAUAGGAUAACAUCUGGGUUUGUUGGUCUGAUGACACAGUGACCAGUGGCAGCUGGAGCUGAGAGGAUUUUUCUUUGACUGUGAAACAGAAGGAGACAUUUGGUCUCGUCCUCUGGACUGAACCAUCACACUGUUAAAAUAAAGUAACAUUAAUGUCUGAGCUCAGGUUCAUUUAUUCUUUACCCUGUUGACUCCUGUGUAUCUGUAGUUUGUCUAAUUAAAUUAUUAUAAAGAAAGAACGUGGUAGCGGCGGCACGUGCUAGGGCGCCGCGCAGUGACGUCAGUGACGGUACGGUGGGUGUCUCCUUCAGGACGCACCGCAGGAGCGGAGACGAGCGAAGCAGCAACAUGGCUGCAGAUUACUGGGAGCCAGAAAGACCCGAGAUCCUGUCAGACUGAACCGAGCCAAAGAUAACCCGGGACAGACCGGGACAGAUCCUCCCGGUGUGGUCUCCAGGCUGGCUGCCCCACCUCCCUCAGCGUCACGCCCCCCUCUGCCCCCCCGGCCCCCUCUCAUGGAGAGAAUGAGGAAGAUCAAACGGCAGCUGUCACUCACUCUGGGGAGGGGAGGGGGCGGGGGAGGUGAGAGGACGCUGGGUGACACCAUCAACCAGGAAGUGACAUCACACAGUGACUCAGAGGUGUCUCUUCGUUCCUCUUCUGCUGGUUUGAAGGUUCGAGGUUCCUCCUCCUCUGUUCAGUCUCUCCUUCAGUCGUACAGCAGUUCACUGAGGAAACCUCGAGGCCUCGGACGCAGCCUGAGCUCCUACCUGAACCACACCAACAGACUGGAAAUUGUCCAUGAGGAUGUGAAGAUGAGUUCAGAUGGAGAAAGUGAUCCGGCUUCUUCUUCAGACGAUGUCCAGAGUCCAGUUCGAGUCCGACUGAGGAACAAGAAGAUCUCUACUGAGGACAUUAAUAAACGUCUUUCAUUACCGGCUGAUAUUCGUCUUCCAGAUGAUUACCUGGAGAAGUUUAAUCUGAUUGGUCCAGCUCUGUUUGAGCAGCCAAUCAGCAGGCGGCUGCGCAGAGUGUCUCUGUCAGAGAUUGGUUUUGGGAAGUUGGAGACAUAUAUCAAACUGGACAAACUGGGAGAGGGGACCUAUGCCACAGUGUAUAAAGGUCGCAGUAAACUGACUGAGAACCUCGUCGCUCUGAAGGAAAUUCGACUAGAACAUGAAGAAGGAGCUCCAUGUACAGCUAUCAGAGAAGUGUCUCUGUUGAAGGAUCUGAAACACGCCAACAUCGUCACGCUGCAUGACAUCAUCCACACGCAGAAAUCCCUCACACUGGUGUUUGAAUACCUGGACAAAGAUCUGAAACAGUACCUGGACGACUGUGGAAACACGAUCCAUGUUCACAAUGUCAAACUCUUUCUUUUCCAGUUGCUGCGAGGUUUGUCGUACUGUCAUCGCAGGAAAGUCCUCCAUCGAGACUUGAAACCCCAAAACCUGCUGAUCAACGAGCGAGGAGAGCUCAAACUGGCAGACUUUGGUUUGGCUCGAGCGAAGUCGAUCCCAACGAAGACGUAUUCUAAUGAGGUGGUGACACUGUGGUACCGACCACCGGACAUCUUGCUGGGCAGCACCGACUACUCCACUCACAUCGACAUGUGGGGUGUUGGGUGUAUCUUCUAUGAGAUGGCGACAGGUCGACCUCUGUUUCCUGGUUCCACAGUUGAGGAGGAGCUUCACUUCAUCUUCAAACUUCUGGGUACUCCGACAGAGCAGAGCUGGCCUGGGAUCAGUUCUAAUGAGGAGUUUGUGACAUGUAACUACCCUCAGUACAGAGCAGAGAGACUGAGUAACCACACACCCAGGCUCAGCAGUGAAGGAGUGGAGCUGUUGUCAAAGUUCCUGCAGUUUGAAGGGAAGAAAAGGAUCUCUGCAGACGAGUCGAUGAAUCACUGUUACUUCAGUAACCUGGGAAACAGAGUGAGGUCACUUCCUGACACAACGUCCAUCUUUAGUCUGCCAGAGAUUCAGCUGGAAAAAGAAACAAAGAAACCGACAGCAACACCUGACCCAGCAAACAGUCCGAGCAGGAGGCGGAGUCUUCUCUUCUGACAUCAUCGCUGGGUGGAGUCUGCUGCAGGACGUACAAAGUGAAAGGACAGGAAAUGAUGAUUUCUGGAGGAGGAAGUGCUACUGGGGAAUAGGAAGUACAUUAACUGAAAUCUGAAAUGAUUUUUUAUUGAGAGAAGAAGAAGCUGUGACCUAAUGAAUCACAGCAGCCAUCUGACCAAUCAGAAAACAGCAGAGAGCUUCACCUCAGCACACAGAGAGAUGAACACAUGAGUGAAUGAUAUAGACAUCUGUGGACAGAUGAUGGAGUGAAUCCUGUCUUCCAUUUUCACUGCACAGAUUAAAAAUAUCAAGUUUUUAAAAUUAGACUCUUAACAGGAUCAUGGAAAACCUGGAAUUCUGUUUGAACACCUGGAAACACCUGGAAACAGGUGUCACCUGUUUGAACACCUGCAGUUACUUCACUGUUUCACUUCUUGAGAGAAAUAUCAGUGAUGUCAUAGCAAAGAAAAUUACAUCACAGCCACUCUGAUGAUGUCACAGGUGACAGAUGUUUCUCUGCAGCUGCUUGUUUUUUUUUAAGUGAUAGAAACACAUCAGAGGGAACAGAUGAGUUCACUGAUCUGAGUUAAAGUUCAUCAGCAGGUCAGGGGUCAGGAUUAGGGAUCAGGGGUUCAGGAAGUGGUGCAGCUGUUUUCAGACCUGAUUCUAAAGUGUAAAUCAAAGAGCAGAUUUUACACAAGAGGCUGAUGUAUAAGGUUUUUCAAAUGUAGCUCCUCAGAAUUUAAAGAAGUUUCUGAUCAGUUUGUGUUUCUGCUGUGGAACAGUAUCUACACUACAACCCGGUGUGAGAACAGACUGAAGGAGAAGCCAUGUUUGUUCAGACUGUUUAUUUCUGCUGAUCUGCAUGUGUGUGUCCUACAGUCAGUCUGAGUAGUACUGUUCAUAUAAAUACUAAUACUGUACAAAUACAGUAAUACUGUUAAUAGUACAGUGAUACUGUAAAUCUGAACAGCUGUUUAUCACAUUUAUUUUAACAGGAUUAAUCUAUAAUUUAUUGUUAUUGGUAAAUAAAUUGUUUUUCUGUUGGGAACCAGGUGAGGAUGACGUGAUGACAUCACUGCCCCCUCCUCACUGAACCACAUGAUAAGUCAGAGGACAUCGCAGGGCUCUGAUUGAUUGUUUUAGUUUAAGUGAAGUUGUUUUCUGUUUCUCAGAGUUUCACUAACAAACUGAGCAGGAUAGUUUGUUUCAGAGCGAAACAAUGAACCGACUGACACUUGACAGCCGGCAUUAGGCUGACCGUCACCUGGGUUAGGGUUAGGGUUAGGGUUAGCCAAUCAGUCGUCCUUCAGUUUGAACUAAACUCUUUUGAGGCAGAACAAACGAACAAACAAAAGUUUUGUUGUGUUUUUAUUUCUAGUUGAGCAGUAGUUUUGUCUCUGUGAAAACACUGUAAUCUGUUUCAGAGCCUUGUGAAAACGUUUCUACCCGCUCAGAGUUCAGGUGUGAGUGGGCGGGGCUUAUCUGCAAUUCAUUGUUUUAGGUAGUUUCUCUUCAGACAAACUUUGUGAUUUCAGUAUUUUUUUUUUUUAAGUUUUUUCGUCAGUGUUGAGUUUUAAUAUUUUUUAAACAAACUGUUUGCUGUUGUUUUUUUUAGAUGUGAAGAAAUAUUAGCAAUAGAUCAAUAUCCAUCAGAAGACAAUAAUGAUUGAUCAGAAGAAUCUGAGUCUUUAAUGCGCUGUAAUAAUGUCACAUAUGUACAUGUUUGUGAGAGGUUAGAAAUAUACAGUAUAUAUAUAUAUAUAUAUAUAUAUAUAUAUAUAUAUAUAUAUAUAUAUAUAUAUAUAUAUAUAUAACAAAGUUUUAUUGUUCUACCGAAUAUCAAUGGAUGUUUCUGUCCAGUGUUAAAUAUCUUGACAGAAACAAGAAAAUAUUAUUUAUGUUUGAUAUUUAGGUUUGAUUCAGGUUUGUGUCCAGUUUGUUAAAGACUGAGUUUAAUGUUUUUUUCUGUUGCUCAUGGUGGAAACAUGAAUUAAAUCCACUGAGAUUCAAAGUGAUAUAAUACAAAAAGUGGAGUAGGCGUGAGGAAAAGUUUCUGUGAAUCUAACGGACGCUCUGUGUUUCUGUGCUGAAGGAAGUGAUGUAACAGGGAGUGUUUGUUAAUGAAUGACUGUUGAAUGUAGCUGUGGUCAGUAGUUUAAACUUGACUGAGUUUACAGUAAUAAUGUGUACAGAGUUAUUAUUAGAGAUCAUUUUGAAUCUGCACGCUGCAGUGUCAUGUUGUUCCUCAGCUGCUGAUCAACAGCAGAAAAAACAGCAUUUAGAUCUGAACCUGGUGUCUGAGGUCACUGAUAGUGAUCCAGCUCAUUCUGUAGACCUGGUUCAGGAGCAGGUUUCUCAUAUCUGAUGAAUGGAAACUAAACAUGUAAACACAGAUUGACAGGUCUGACUCCUGUCUCUGACUAAAGAGUAAAACUCCAACUGUCACUAAAGUCACUUCCUCAUUGUCAUUGUCCAUGAACAUGAAGGUUAAAUUUAAAUGAAUAAACACGAACUGAGGCUCUGACCUCAGAUCGGCACUGACAAACAUGAUUAUUAUUGUUGAGGUUGAUUUUAAAUAUUUUGAUUUUGGUGUCAGGAAAUAACCCUAACCCUAAUUGAUUCCAUAAAGUAAAGAUGUAAAGUUAAAAAAAUAUCUGAUUACAGUUUUCUUUGAGUCAUGGAGAGGAGAUGUAAAACACAGAUUAAGUCCGGAUUUGAACUAGGAUUCACAUCUGGUUUGUUUAUUCUACUUCAGACAUUUGUCUUUCAAAUAAAUGCAACUUCAACGACCUGUGGGAAAAUGUGCUGGUUUGACAUCCACGUGGAUCUAGAUGCUGUUUUCUCUGAUUUUUGUAAAUUAAUGUACUUUAUUUUGGUUGACAACAUACCAAAGUUAUCUGCAAUAUACUGCACUGCAUGAUAGGAUUCUUCCAGAUAACUUCUAUGCUGUUUAUUCUUUGAAUAUUCUUCCAUCUGCCAAGAAGCACUUGAGACGUAUCUGAUGCUAUAACUGAUCUGCAUACUUGAAAUAUCAAUCCAAGUAUGGAAAUUGAAGUAUGUUACUGUGUACAAUUCUGUUUACUACAUGUAUUCUGGAUAUAUUUACAGUAUAUAAAUAUACAUUAAAAUUCUUUAUUUAUUCUCA